UCAGGUCGUUGCCAUAACAACCUGUCAAAUAAAUAUUUUGAUUUGCCCGGUUGAUGUUUUUGUUUUUCUGACAAAAGAUUAUUUUACUUUAAAAAUAAAAACAAUUUUAUUCAGUUAUAAUGUCUCGACGAUUGGCAUUUGUGGCCGAAUGGUAUCAGGAAGAAGCGGCUAUAAGUAAGACAUUUACAUUAUGGUACUACGUGGAUGGUAAUGCAUUGGAAGUGUACGAUCCAAAGACGAAAAAAAUGUUCUUACGACGAACUAAAAUGCCGGAACUUACUGAGAAAGAUUUCUUUGUGGGCUCCAAAAUUAACAUUUUCGGGCGGCAAUUCGAUAUUGUUGAUUAUGCGGAUGAGGCUACGAAAAAUAUUUUGGCAAAAUAUCGUAAAAGAACAUUCAUAAUAAUCAAAAAUAGCAUACUUCCACAAUUAGGAAAGAUAUUAUGCUCCCUAGUAGAAAGCGACUUUAAUAUAAGCAAGGCCAUGAUGGUGCAAUUCACAGCGGAACAGAUAAAGGCAUUUCUGAAAGGCAAAGAUGAUGUUCAGUCGUCAAUUCUCAUGAGCCAGCUGUUGUCGGGGCCAGCAAUUGGUAUCGAAUUAAUAGCCAAUAAUGCCAUCGAGAAAAUAAAAUAUUGCCAGGCACAGGCCAAGGAAUGCAUGAAUGAAAAUUAUCCACGUUCUUUGCGCACACUAUUCGAUAGGGAAGAUGUUCGUAAUGGCAUAUAUUGUUCGCAAACCGAGGAUGAAGUUCUAAGGGAUGCUACUUUCUUUUUCGAAAAUGAGCAUGGCCUCCAAAAUACAGUACAGCUAAAUAACUCUACAUUAUGCAUUAUUAAACCCCAUGCCAUCAAGGAAGGUAAUUUGGGUAAAAUAAUAUCAGAAAUUACUGCGAAUAAUUUUAAAAUAACUGCAAUGAGAAUGCAUCUGCUGGAAAGGGUGAAUUGUGCUGAAUUUUAUGAAGUCUACAGAGGUGUUCUGCCAGAUUAUAUUCCAAUGGUUUCUCAAUUGGCAAGUGGAUCUUGUGUGGCAUUGGAAAUUAUAUGUACAGACUCAACUAAAUGCAGUUAUGAAGAGUUUCGUAAAUUUUGUGGGCCUAUGGAUCCUGAAAUCGCUAAACUUCUAAGACCCCAUACACUUCGGGCGAAAUUUGGCUCCAGCAAAACCUUAAAUGCUGUGCACUGUACUGAUUUACCAGACGACACAGUUUUGGAGCUGCAAUAUCUAUUUAAAAUACUUAACUAAAUCUUAAAUAGCUUACAAAAUAGUCAAUCAAUCCGUCCUUAAUAAUGUAAACAAAUUUUAUAAUUUUUGUAUAUUUUAUUAAAAAAAAUAUUAUCUACAAUAAAUUAAACAAAAAACAA